AUGCCAACCCACAGCAAAACACGCGCCACAAGUGGUGGCAGACUACAGCAUCACCAUCGUACGAGCUCCGGCGGAAGCUCGAAAGUCGGCUUGAACAACUUGCAUCUUACCCAGAAGGAGCCGGCUCAGCCGAAGCAACAGAACCUCAAGAGAGCGGGCCACAGUGCAACGGAGCUACAUCAAGGUCGUACAUCGCCGUAUCCUCGAGGCGGGCACCAUCUCACUUCAAAUCAGCGUGUUCUUUCCAGAGAACGCAUUGCUUCUCAACAACACAAACGUGCUCAUGGACCCCCUUCGAGUAAAGGAAAGCAACAGCAACAGAAUCAAAGAGGCGGGUUUUCGAUAGCUCGUUCUGACGAGACAGACGAGGACGAUGAAUGGGUAUCCAGCGAAAGCGGUGCGGUGACCCCCCAGAAUAAUGCUGAGGUCGACGAUGAUGACGAUGGGCAUGGCGUGACCCCCGUCGAGCGCCAAAGAGCAGGGCCGUCGACAGGGAAUAUCAACGGAAAUUCUCAGCACGGCACUGCGGACCGAGCAGCAAAUGGGGUGGAGGACGUGACAACGCCUCGUGCAGAGGUCGAUAACGACAUGUUACUCAACGAGAUCUCUCGGCCGGAUGCUUCAUCUUCCCGAGCUAUGCAGAUGCAGCCUCCUGUUGUACGCGUGCUGCCUCAGUCCACACCCACGACUCCUGAGCCCGCUCCUCCACCGACCGCUAAGAAGAUGCCGGUCGAUCCACCCAUUCGGCAAGUACGCUCAGAGGCGCCUUCACCUUCUCAGAUGAGGCCAAAGAGUGGUCCGAGGCGACAACCAUUGAUUCGACAUUCGUCGACUCACGGGGAAUCGAGAGGGGAUAUGCCACCGCAUCCACUUAUUCGAGGACAGUCUUUCCGCGGAUCUACUCUAGGCCCAGCACGAUUAGCUCCCUUAACGGUGAAUGCAGAGGCUGCACAGGCCCAACUCACUGCGUCCCCGUCAAGCGCGAAGACAACAAGCCGCGCAGGAUCACCGUCAUUCAUGACCCAAUCAUCGGGGACAUCGGCUACGAGUUUAGAUCAAGUACCGUCCCGGAAGAACUCUAUAUCCUCUUUACAUUCUAUUGCAACUCUCCCAGCACCCGCGUCAACUCGGUAUGUCGGUGGUCGGGGAAAGCAGGAUCGUACACGUACACUCUCGACGAUAUCAAACUCGUCUUCGUCAGCGGCUUUGAGCGCGCUUACUAUGCUACCUAUGUCGCGUCCGAGUACGCCACCGAUGAUAGUGCAUUUUCCGGCUGAGAACCGACGAGACCCUCAUGAGGGUAUACACCCGUUGUUACCUCGACCGUACCAUGAGACACAUAUGACAGCCAUGGCGAAGUACAAUCCAUUGUAUGAUUGCUAUGAACGGGUGAUACGAGCUAAGCAUGGGCGGUGA